CCUGCCCUGUGCCUGAGUUUGCAGUUGAGUGCGCUAGGGAUCGCGGCUCUAUUAUAUAACUUUAGAAUACUGGCGCUUUUAAUGGCGCAUAAGCAGAGCAUUGCGCCACAGAUAUGUCGAUUUCCUGCGGAUUUAUCCCGAGUUCAGUGAGCGAUCGAUCACUUUUUUCGCCCCCUCCUGCCGGUGGUGAGCAUUAAAAAGUUAUCGAGUGAUCCGUGAAACGGCGCACACGGCGGAUCUCGCCAGCUCGAGCUGGGUCAGCGUCGGGCUGUUGAUUUUACAGUUAGAUAUAUUGCGGAGAAUGUUUUCUUGCCAUACGGGCACAGAGGCAGCAACAAAUACAGCUGAUACGUCACCACACAACAAAACUGCAACGAAGGGGUUUUAUUCAAGCGCUUCACCUUGUGGACGUUGCGGCAUUUCUUACAUUCUUUUCAAGUUGGACUACUAAAAGAUGACCUAACCGGUGGAGUACAGGUCAGGUACUCAUACUACAGGACAAAGAAAUGGAUCAGGGUGGACUGAAGCGCAAUGGUAAUCGAGACGACGGCCUGACAUUUGCGGAGAUAGAAGGUACUGGUGACACACCUGGUUCACUGUUCCAGACUGCAAUGCAUCUGCCUGGGUCUCUGCCCCCUGCCACAGUGGCCCCCAAUAGACAGGGUGGAACCAAUGGCCAGGGGGAGCUUGGAGGCUUGUUUGAGUCUCAUCAGCAUCAUGUUCUGGGUGAGGGGACAGACAUGAAGGAGGGUAAAAUGAUUCGAAUGCAGAAACAACAACAACAGCAGCAGCAACAGGAUAUUGGUAUAUUCGGCAUGGGGGACAGCUUGCCAUUGUUUAACCAGUGUAUUUCCGAUACACCCACAUCUGUCAUUAACACCUCAGACACUUCCGUCCUAGGCAACCUUCCUCUGCCUGACCUUUUUUCCCACCCCAUAAAGACGGAAAGCAUUCUUUCUCUGGACAAAGACUUGGGAACUUAUAGUGGGCACACAGGCACUGGUCCAUGCGAUUUGGAUGGCAACAGUGGCCGCCUGAUUGAGGAUACAGAGAUUUGGCAAGAUCUGGACCUUCCCAGCUCACUGCCAGAAAUCAGUGCUUUUGAGUUGGAUUCAGAAGUGGCACACUUGGAUAACAUUCUACAAGAGAGCACCGGUGGUGGCUGUCCUGUCGGUGGCUUGCCAAAGGAAAUAAAGCCUCUCAUGGGUAACGGAGAAAACUGUACCAGUGUUAAUGGCACAAAGCAGCAACACCAUGCCCUACACCCCCAUCAACAACAGCAGCAGCACCACCAACUAAUACAUCACCAGCAACAUCAGCCCCAGCAUCACCAGCCUCAGGCCCUUCUCUCCACUAUCAUCAUCAAGGAAGAGAAGGAUCCUGAUGAGUCUUUCAUCCAAAUCUGUACCCCUGGUGUGAUAAAACAGGAGAAGCAGGAUAAUGGUUUCUGCCAGCCUCAGUGUCUCCAGAGCGGCAUCAGCUCUCUCCACGGAGGAGGACCACGCCCCAUGUCCUCACCUGUGAGUGUCGGCGCAGUGCCCGGCUACCACUACACAGCCAACCUGAGCUCAACAAUGGACAUACAAGACCAGAAGCCUUUUGACAUGUACUCAAACAUGCCUCUGAUGGGGGAUGGCUGGGCCCGGGGGAAAAGGUAUGGAGAGACAUCUGGGAUUCAGAGCAGCGAUGAUGGGCCCUCUCCUGUCGCGUCCUUGGCACCUUUUUCUGUUGGCUUCUCCAGUUCAUCACCCAGAGAAGGAGAGAUCAGCAGCUCUGUGGUACCUGCCCAAUCCAAGACCAGCGGGCAGACUCAUAAGAUCUGUUUGGUGUGCUCAGAUGAGGCCUCUGGAUGCCAUUACGGGGUUGUAACAUGUGGCAGCUGCAAGGUUUUCUUCAAGAGAGCCGUUGAAGGAUGGAGAGCACGACAAAACACAGAUGGCCAGCACAACUACCUGUGUGCAGGGAGAAAUGACUGCAUCAUUGAUAAGAUCCGCAGGAAGAACUGUCCAGCCUGCCGCUUCAGAAAAUGUCUUCAAGCUGGAAUGAACUUGGAAGCAAGGAAAAACAAAAAGCUGAUCAAGAUGAAAGUGCACCGGGCUGGGGCAUCAGAGCCCACCAUUAGCAACAUGCCUGUUCCAGUCGUACCCAGGAGCAUGCCCCAACUCGUGCCGACCAUGCUGUCCAUACUGAAGGCCAUAGAACCAGAGAUCAUCUACUCGGGCUAUGACAGCACACUGCCAGAUACUUCAUCACGGCUCAUGUCUACUCUCAACAGGCUAGGGGGACAGCAGGUUGUCUCUGCAGUCAAGUGGGCCAAGUCACUACCAGGCUUCCGCAAUCUGCACCUUGAUGACCAGAUGACUCUGCUGCAGUGCUCCUGGCUCUUUCUCAUGUCUUUCAGUCUUGGCUGGAGGUCAUACGAGCAGUGUAAUGGCAGCAUGCUUUGUUUCGCCCCUGAUCUUGUCAUCAACAAAGAUCGCAUGAAGCUGCCCUUCAUGACUGACCAGUGCGAGCAGAUGCUGAAGAUCUGUAAUGAGUUUGUCAGACUGCAGGUGUCCUACGAAGAGUACCUGUGCAUGAAGGUGCUGUUACUGCUCAGUACAGUACCAAAAGAUGGCCUGAAGAGUCAAGCAGUUUUUGAUGAGAUCAGGAUGACCUAUAUCAAGGAGCUGGGAAAAGCCAUCGUCAAGAGGGAGGAGAACCCUAGUCAGAACUGGCAACGCUUCUACCAGUUAACUAAGCUACUUGACUCCAUGCAGGAGAUGGUCGAGGGUCUUCUCCAGAUCUGUUUCUACACCUUUGUGAAUAAAACCCUCAGUGUGGAAUUUCCGGAGAUGCUGGCAGAGAUCAUUUCCAACCAGAUACCAAAAUUCAAAGAUGGAAACGUCAAAGCUCUGCUGUUUCAUCAGAAAUGACUGCCUUAAAUUGUGAAUCAAUGCCUUAAAUCCUGCCCUGCACAUAUACCUCUCCAGGGGCCCCUAGCUUACAUAUCCUGCCUCCCUCAUCGCUCUGAUUCAGUUUCUCAGUUUUUCCUGGGCCUCCUCUAGAAAUUCUGCCACGCCCCUUCGGGGCUCAGCCAUUCAGCCUAAUCUUGGAGCACAAUACCUGUGGCCUCAAGCCCCCAUCCCAGUCCUAGUCCUGCCAUAGUAUCCUAUAACCGACCUAUAGCCCUUCCUCUUAGUUGGACUAUGAAUGUCUCUUGGGGUGGAUGCAUUUUGGGCAAUUUUUUUUUUCAGUCCUCCCUCACCUACUCUACACCCAUAGCCCUGUGCUUGUAUUUUUAAUGCUUUCUUACAAUGGCUAUGUGCCUCAUAUUAAUUCAAGCCUCUAGUAUUUUACUGCAGUUUUCACAGAGAAGCUAACAUAUAGAGUACAAACACCUUUUCCUCCAAGAACAUUACACCUUGUAUACUUUGCAACUUGAAAGGAUUAGCAGUUCAAGCCUAGUGUCCCUCCUGCUGUGAAUUACUUAUCACUUCAGAAAUUAUUCAAAUCACAAUUCUACACAAGACCACUGAGAAAAGAAAUCAGCUAGAGACAUAUUCUCUAUUUAUUUUAUGCAGUAACACAAUUCAAGUCACAUACAGAAGCAAGAGACACACACGCACACACUCACUCAGCCAAAUGUUUACACAGGAUGUACCUGAGGGAAAACCAGUGCCUUUUAGUUUUUACGCUCUUCAUAGCCAUCCACUGUAAGCUGUAGGUUUUUUUGCAUUAGAAGUUGAUGUCGACAUCUUUCCACAUGAUUUGUCUGUUUCUUUAUUUCCGCGUUGUAAUUUCUGUUUUCUAUUUCCAAGCUGCCGUUUCAGUGUUCUUAAUGUGGAAAACUCUCCCUUUUGUUCUUAUCUCCUGUUCUGCAUGUAGGAACACAGCCUAUGGUACAGAUAAGUAAUGUUAAAUGUUUAGUUUUAUCACUUUGCAAAAAAAAAAAAAAAAGUCCCAAAACAAAUUUUUUUGAUAUUUUAUUAUCCAUGUGAAGUAUAUUAGAUAAAUUUGCUGCCUCUCCCAGUCGGUAUUAAAUUCUGUUAAAAGUUUACCCAGCGUAUACAAUGAAUGCACCUACAAAUAGCUUUUUUUUUCUUGCUUAAGCUUCAGCCAGCUUUGAUCUAAAUGGGUACUGCUAAAAUUAAAAUUAAAGACACAUUUAAUGUUUUGUACUACUUGGGAGCAGACUGACUUAAAUUUUAGGAUUUCUAUCUUUAAAAAGUUUUUUAUGCUUUAAUUGCAUUUGGGGGAAAAAGUGUUUUAUAACGAAAAUGCAUUUGAAAAAGCCAUCCGAAGUAUCAAAGGGCCUGCUUCAAUAUGUCAGACCCCAAAAGGUACUACCAUUAGGAUUGUUGUCAUUUUUUCAUUUUUCAAAGUAAAAGGUUUAACUGGCUCAAAAAUGGUAGCAACAUAGCACUCAUGAUAGGAAAUGAAGGCAUAACAUUGAUGGUUUCCCUCAAGAUACCAUUUUGAUUUAAUAUUUCCCUUUAAUUACCAUUAGCUGAAUGUACUUGCAAAAUCAGGACUUAUUAUAUGGAGCUGCUGUGCCAACAUUGUGAAAAUACAAAAAUAUAUUUGUUUAAAAUAAAAUAUUUAUUUUGUAUACUGGACGUGAAAUGGAUACCCAUAAUUGAUGAAACCUAUGUUUUAAAAAUAUUUCCCCUCUAAAGCUCAAAACGUUGGUCUAUUGAUUUGUGAAUCCAACCUCAGGAAGUGAGUGAUUACUUCACAUGGAUGCGCUCUACUUGUUCCUAAUGUAAUGGAAAAACCCAUUUUGUUUUGGGUUUUUUCUUUUCUGGAGAUGUGACAGAGUACUUCUGAUCUGACAUUAAGUGGUUGUUGUAACUUUGCUUCAGGGUGCUCAUUUAUUUACAAAAAUAAUUACAAAAAAAAAGGAUUGUUCAGUGUCACACCUACACCAGCUUAAAGUACUGAUUGUUAUCAUUUAGCCAAUUGUACGAUAAACCUUUUUGUGAUCAACAAAAAAAUUGUAUUUUUGAAUUUUCAAAAUACAUUUGUAAUGUGAAAAUCCAUACCAGCUUGUGUGAUGGCCAAAGCAAAAUGCAGUGCAGUUGUAUGCUGGCUUCUGCCGGAAGUGUUAAAACAAAAUGCCCUUCACCACCUCCUGUAGAGUACAGUUACUUUCCUCCGUAUGUGUCUUAUGACUGUCAGGCCUCUCUGCCUAAAUUUCAACUGUACAGGUUUUCAGCUGUUUACUCUGAACAGUACUCACCCCUCUGCUGCACAUAACUCUGAAUGCCAAUUAGCAGAGACCAGGUAAGCAGGUUGCCAUAGAGACUGGUCAUUUGUAUGUUAGUUACGGCUAACAGCACAGUGGGCACUGGAAGCAUACAAGCCACUGCUGAAUAAGAGCCAUCUUUUCUUCUUCUUUUUUUUCUUUUAGGGGUGGUCACUCGCUUCAGGGUUGUUUCAUUGACAGUGCAGGCUUUCAGCUCCACCUUCUAACUGUGCUGCGUGUCCUUGUGCUGUAAAAAAACACGGGCUUGUUGCUGCUCGCAUCACUGUGUGUUGAUUAUUCUAGAGAAAAUUUGACUAAACUAUUUGGUUGGAUAACUUGGAGAUGGUAUUACAGUUGUUCCAAGGUGGUGGUGCUUCAGAAAACCAGCUUUAACAUGUAGAUGUAACCAUAUUGAUGCUUAUUUCUGAAUGGCUAUAGGCGCAUAUAGCAAUGCUAGCAUAUCUAGUGCAAUGUAAACAUCAUGUAAGACUACAGAACAUUUUUGCAUUUCACCUUCAUGCUCGAUUAAAGGCCUUGCGAAAGGGAGCCAGAGAGCCAUAGAAAUAAGAUUUCACAUCAGGAAAUAGAUAAACCCUUAACAUAUAUCGAUGCUUUUAGAGAUUGAUCUAUUGUAAAAAUGAUAUUUUCUGUGAUUUUGAUUACAUCAGCUUGAUCCUCUUUGAUAUGACUAAUUUUGCUCAGUCAUUUUUGUACAUUGAAUGAGUCAAGAAAGUAAAUAUUUUUCUGUUUGUUGGUUUGUGUUUGAUAAAGGUAGAUGUGUUAAAUCCAUAAGGAAGUGUUGAACAUGUUUGUCUUGUGAAGUAAAUGUAAAUUCUACAAGUCCAUGAAAAAGUCUACAUGAAAGCUCACUGUGUUUUUGAAGAUAAGGAAAUGAGGGAGUGGGACAGAGAAAGACUGGUGGAGAUUUAUAUAAGAGUGACCAAAGCAGAGGAGAAAACAACAAUUAACAAAAGAAGUAUUCAAGUUACAUUUUGAGUAGCACUUACUAUCCAACUUCUAGUACUUCUUGUUUUAUUUUAAAGAUGUCUUUUGUAAAGGUCGUGGCUUUGGACCCCAUGUAUUGUUCUGUGAGGAUUUACUGGUCACUUUAAAAAGAAAAUUUAAAAUGUUGACUCUCCAUAUGAAAGUAAAAUUUACCAGAGCCUGACAGAAUUGCACUACCCUGAUAUUGUUUGAUAUAAUCUAUUUUGUAUAAAAUACAUGCAAAUGUUAUCUUUAAAGAUUAAGGGCAGAUCAUGUUUCACUGGUAUAUAUGGCUAUAGCUUUCACUAAAGUCUGUUUUCUUCGUAUUUCAGUUAUGUAAAUGUAAUCCAAUGUUUAAAAAAAAAAAUACAAACCAUUAAAAAAACAGUAGUUUGUAUUACUUCUGUAUUACACCCUUCCUGUAGUCGGUGUCAAUAGUUUCACCUAUUUGAUUAAAUGUUGAAUUAAGUUACGUGUCGUUCUCUGACAUUGGGUUUGACAUCGAGAGUGGAAAUUUGGAAGAACUGAUUGCUCUUUAGUUAAAAGCAUCUUACACAAUAAAGUCUCCUGUUUUUCAACA